AUGUCUAAUAAAAAUGCAAUUAAAUACUUUUCUAAAAAUCAAUAUAACAUUAAUAAUAUACCUCGAAUUAAUCAAAGGAAACCAAUACCUUAUCAGAGGAUACUUAAGCCUAAUAAAAAGGUUAAGAGAAAACAUCCACGCUCUAAUCGCGAACAAAAAGAACAAGAUUCAAUAGACCUACCCCCUCAACCUUUAAAUGAAGAGCAUGGAAUGGAUCCAUUCCCUCAACCUUUAAAUAAAGAGCAUGGAAUGGAUCCACCCCCUCAACCUUCGAGCUCACCACUUGGAGAAGAGAUUUCAGAGACCGAUAU